GUAAAUUUUGAAAUAUAACUUGUGGUCACGCUGUGCUCAUGAUUUGUUCGAUUGGAUUUUAUUAAUCAUUCAAUUGCGCGUUGCCGAUUUGUUGCAACAGCAUUAGCAACAACAACAAUAAGUGAACACGUCAAAAGCAAAAAAGAAAAAAGUUUUUGGCAGUUCUCGAAAAUACGGCGAAGAAGUAAAUAAGCUUAUCGGAGUCCUGUGCAAUUAACCAUUAAACGGAAAGUAUAAAAAAUGCAGCUACAGGCCAAAUAUUUGCUAUUAUGUCUGUUCGUUGGACUGUUUGCCUCAUAUCGUUGUCAAGCAGCAGGAGGGGAAGGAGCUGCCGCAUCAGCCACCACUGUAACAGUGCCGCCUGCCAAUGACAACACCACAACAACUGAGAAACCGAUUACAACUGUGACGCCGCCGAUAACAACUUCUACACCACCAGAAACAACCACGCCGGCAGCUAAUACAACAACAACUGAGGCCCCAAAAACAACAACGCCUUCAACAACCUCAACUGUGAAACCGGACAACUCUACUACAACAACAACAACUACAACCACAACAACACCAGCUACAACAACAACUCCAGCAUCGAACACGACAACAACAACAACAACAAGCACCACUCCGGCACCACCAUCGACCACUACCGCUAAGCCUGCUCCGGUGCCUUGUGGUCACUUUGAUGGUUCAUCGUUCAUCGGCGGCAUUGUGUUGACGCUGGGAUUGCUGGCCAUCGGUUUGGUGGCCUACAAAUUCUACAAGGCACGCAAUGAGCGCAAUUACCACACUCUUUGAGCCGCCACAGCAUUCACGUCGGCCUUCAAUGCAGCAGCCGGCGGUGGCGGCGUUGGCGGUGGUUUGUCAUCAUCAUCGGCUGGCAACAAUGCCAAUGCCACGGAUGCCGAACGUGUGCGUUUUGUUCAGCCAUCAAUACCGCUGCGAUCGCCGCCAGCACAGCCACCACCACCACCUCCAACGGCUCAACAUUUAGUCGGUCAGGCAUCGCACUCGAAUGUGGCUAAUUCACCAUCGGCCAGAGAUCGGCUGCUGCUGCAUACGUAAUUUAUCUCGGGGGAAAUACACAACAAAUCAACAACAACAACAACAAAUUUAGCUAUCCAAAGAGCCCCGAUUAAUCUCUAUAAAAAAAUCUUCAAAAACAUACUUUAAGACCUUCACUACUCCCACUCUCAACAAAAAAAAAAGAAAACCAUAAAAAAGUAGAAGAAAAAAUACAAACCCCUCUCUCAAGAAGAAAACAAAGUCGGUUCUUCACCUGAAAUCGAAUCGAAAAAGAGUCCGAUGAAUCAGCUGGCUCCGUAUUCUUCCCUUUAUCAGCAAUUAUAUAUAUACUAUAUACAAACACACAUAAAUAUAUACAUAUUAAUAUAUUAAAUAUUAUACACA